UGAAGAAGAAGAAAAUAUGAUAGACGAGCGGACGAACCAGGGUAACAACAAUUUCCCAAACUUUACCCAAACUGUGACCGUCAAAAGCUUUUCCGUGAAAAGUAUCUGAUGACGUAACAAUACGCCGACUACACGUCAUAAUUAAUUUUCGUCUUUAUAUCGUCACAACAGCAUUUGUUGUGGUUAGACACAGCUAGUCAGCAAACAUCAUGGGCGUCUUUCAGAGUUGUCUCGCUAGAAACAAUAAGAUAGGAGUCAUGAAAGAGGAAAAAGAGGUCUACGAAAAAGUAUGUCGUGAAAUGGUCACGGAGGAUAUAGUGGAAAAGAAAGGCGGAGUGGCCUUUGGUCUUUCUUUUAUAUCCGAGGAUCCACCAAAAAUGCCACCUCCCCAACUAGUCGAAGAUAAGAAGGAGGAAUUUGAGAAAUGGAGAGAGACUCAGGAGAAAACACAAGCCCUGAAACAGGAUAGGGCACAUCAGAACAGGGAGGAUGCCCUUACUAAGAGGAAGAUUGAGGGGGCUCACAAAGAAAUGGAGCGUCUAGAAAAAUACCUCAAUAUUGGAGCUGAAGAAUUCUGAUGUGGACUCCUUAAUACUCUUUUUUUUUUUUUAAAGUUGUAAAUCUGGUCAUUUUGUUUGAAAUCAAAGAGGGGAUACCCUAGCUCUUUAUUUGCAGUACAUCGUUAGUUUGGCUAUUAAUAGAUUUCCUUUUUCUUAUCGGUCCCCGGUUUUUUUUCCUUAAUCGGAAAUAUUCAGGAUGUCCAUCUCAGUGGAACAUCUUAUGAUAGAACAUUUAUCUUAAAUUGGUUUCUUUUCAUUUGGUAACGACACAGGCGAGACAGAUCACUUUGUUGAGAUACCAGAGCAAAAUGUCUUCUUUUGGAAGUUCAGGCCUUGGAGAAGAGCCCUUCCUAAAAGAUAAUUAAAUGGCCUACAUUUUUCACAAUGUAGUGCGAGUUAUUUCCCCCUGAUUACAGAGGGCGAGCAGCACA